AUGUUCUCUCAUCGCCGUAAUUCCCAGAAGCCCAACGAAGAGUUGUACCAGGCUUUCAAGGACAGCUUUCCGGGAGUCGGCCCUGGAACUAGUUCAGCUGACCCAGGGGCUGUCCCUGCAGUCGCCCAGAGAUCGGCCUCGCUAAGUGAGGCAUUGAUCGAUGCCCCAUCGACUCAAAGACACUAUGAAGCUGUCGACGAGAGCAAAGAGGCAGAUGCAACACCAAAGACAUAUGGCGAUUCAUGGCGGUUGACGCCUUCGUUAAUGGAUCCCAACUCUUAUGCUUUUGCUGCCUUUGCGAACCAAAUGCCGGGCUACUACACGCCCACACCGGGAGGAUUUUCAACGUUGUUCCACAGCUCAGCGGGGGACUUGCACACUCCGGGCAUGGGCAUGAACACACCUCUUUCGCUACCUAGUUCUGUACAUGGCCUUCACGCACAAGACGCCAACAUGCAUCUGCAGCAUUUCAACCCUCAGAUGCUUCAUCACCCCCAACUCUACCACGACCCAUUUGGCCAGCACCAGAAUCAACUACUCCUUCAGCAGCAACAGCAGCAGCAUCACCACCAACAGCAACAGCAGCCAACUUAUGCGCCACAUCAGUUCCUCCAGCACCAAGAUUCUGGCUAUGUUGCGAUGGACGAUUCACCUCACAAGACCACACCGCAACAGCACGAGAUGAUGCUCGCGCAACCUCCAGCCCAUCAGACCGUACAGCCGCCUUUACCGGGCAACGUACAGGUCCCCAGCAUGCCGCUUGGCGAGAAGUACGUUAAUUCAGAGUUCACCAACAUGUGCCAGGCUAACGAUCCCAACAGAUUCCGCUUCCAUACUACUCUCAAUGCACCGACCGCCAUGAUUAAGCAUGCCGACGAGAUCCCAGUGACCUAUCUCAACAAGGGUCAAGCAUAUACAAUCUCAAUAUUCGAUACCAGGCCCCCUGGCCCACAGUCAGCUUCUCCUGUCCGAUACCGAACUUACGUCAGAGUAUCAUUCGAAGACGAACAACAACGAGCCCGACCAGGCGCGUGUUGGCAGCUCUGGAAAGAAGGACGCGGAUCCAAUGAGGCGCACCAAAGAGGUGGGAAGCUCUUGGCUGUGGAAAGAGUCGAUCCCAAUCAGGGCGAUGACCCCAUCCGCAAGUCUCAGGUUGAGCUAGAGCACGCAUCGUUCGACGGCUUCGCUGUGACGUGGUACCCCAACGCCACCGCCGGUGUUCCGGAUUGCUCGAUUUCUGUUCGCUUCAAUUUUUUAUCCACCGACUUCAGCCAUUCCAAAGGCGUCAAGGGCAUCCCCGUCAGGCUCUGUGCAAAGACAGAGCUAAUCUCACCUCAGUCCGCCAACAUUAAUGAGCCGGAAGUCUGCUUCUCCAAGGUCAAGUUGUUCCGGGACCAUGGUGCCGAGCGAAAGCUAUCCAACGAUGUGGCGCACGUCAAGAAGACCAUUGAGAAGUUGAAGCAGCAGAUUGCCCAGGCGGAAGCUGGCUUGGGCGGCUCUGGCAAACGCAAACGCAGUGGCUCAACAGCCAAGGUCCCGCCGUCAAAGCCUGGCAAGGUUUUGAAACACAAGCGCACCUGGUCUGUCGAUUCUGACGUCGAGGUCAGUCGGUCAGCUGCCGAAGAGGAUCUUCACAUGAAGCUAGUGAGCAUGCAGGAUAUGUUUUCGUCGACGAGACCAGUCUCUGUGCUGUAUCUACAAGGAGAGCCAGAGGAUGAUCCUGACCUACAUCCUGUCAAGCUAACGGGCGGCGACACUGUCGAAGGAUCUGCCAUGACCCGUACCGAGACAUGGGAAUCAAAAGCCAGCAUCGAGUCUCCCGGGUCUAACGGCGCCUCACCCAGCAGCAGUUCCGGAUCAGAGUCCACACCGAAGCGAAAAUACUCGGAACUGCAACAGAACACUAUCCAGGAGGAGGACGAGGAGGAAAGCGCGCCUAGCAGCCGGCCUAGAUCUCCGAAUCGCCCCGUCAAGAUACCAAAGCUAGAGGGCGAAACAAAGUUCGCCUCUGAUCUACUGGCUCUUGAUGUCGACAAGAGCUACAAGCCACCCACAGAAAGGCCGAUAAAACCAGUCGCAUGCUUCUAUGUACGUCAAAAGGGCGAUAGCAAAGAGUACUAUCGAGCAGUUUAUUUGCCUCAACGUACAGUACGCGACCUGGUCAACGGCAUUUCCAACAAAUUCCAAAUCGAGCCUCAUCGAGUGACGCAAGUCACACAUGUCAAUCCCAAAGGAUUACAUAUCAUUGUGGACGAAGAUGUGGUACGCGAACUGCCGGAAGGACAGGAUAUGCUCGUGGAGUUCGCUCCUGGAGGCGAUCAGGUCAAGCAGGAGUUUGCAACCCAACCACUGACGGAUGCUAUGGUGGACGGGAUGGUCGAGCCCAUCAAUACCAUCGUGUCGGACCCACUGGAGAUGUGGCUCAAUUACUAA